AUGCUCGGUUUCGGCGCCCGGGCGAGUUGCGUGUCUCGUCUAGUCGUCUGGAUCCGCUCGUGGCUGGUGCUGGUUCUCUCGCCGCUCGGCAUGGACCCGCCUCGGCUUCGCUUCCGACCGCCGUUCUUCUACGGCUGCCUUCUCCUCCUGCCCCUGCUGCUCGACGGCCUGGUUGUUUUCCAGACCUACGCAGUAGAUUUGGAGGUGAAAGAUGACUUCAACAUGUCUUGUCUGUUUGCGAAAUGGAUGGUGAAAUUUUCAAUAACCUACGAAGGAACCGAUGAAUCUAAAACAUCUACUUUUAUGCUCCCAGAAGAUGUGAGGUACAUCGGAACCUCUUGCGGGAAUGAAACCUCUGGCCCAGUCCUUUCCAUUGAGUUUGGGGAAGGGAAUUCUUGGACCAUCCGUUUUACAAAGACCAAAGACACUUAUCAAGGAGUGAUCACCUUUGUCUAUAACACCGGAGAUGGAGUGUUCUUUCCAGAUGCUAAAACGAAGGAACGAAUAACCGUUGAGGCCAGUUUUCCUGCCAACCCAGUUCCGCUAAAUACGGCCUUUAGUUGUGACACUGAAGACACGGUGAAAAGUGGCGAUGUGACCCAGACGUUCCAGAGUGUGACUCUGCAAGCUUUCCUUCAAGAUGGACGCUUGAGUAGCCAGAAGGCUCUGUGUGAUAAUGACGCCACAGCGUCCACUGCUCCCGCGGCCAGCAAAUCCAUCGUCCUGGCCGCCAUCACGGGCACUCCAGAGUCAAACGCCACAGAAACGCCAUCUUCCCCCACCGUCCAACCAGAGGAGAAACCUGCCACGGGAAGCUACACCGUCAAAUCUGGCCUGGUUACCUGCAUUUUAGCCAACAUGGGUUUGCAACUGAACGUCACUCAACAGGUUCCCACCAUCAUUAACUUUAAUCCAAACAGCACAGUGGCUACCGGUAAUUGUGGCAAGACAACCGCCGUGCUUCGGCUGAAUGAAGGUAACACGAAGGUUGAUUUCCUCUUUGCUGUGAGAAAUUCUACGACUUCGGAAAAAUUCUAUCUGAAAGGAGUGGAUAUCACUGUAGCGGAAUCAUCAAACGGAACCUUUUCAGCCUCCAAUCACACCCUCAAUAACUGGGAAACCACCAUGGGGAAUUCCUACCUGUGCCGGAAAGAAGAAUCCAUCCUGGUGACCCCCAGCUAUAAAAUAAACAUCUUCGAUUUAAAGAUCCAGCCAUUUGAAGUUGAAGAAGGGCAGUUUUCAGCAGCUGAAGAUUGCACCCCAGCGGUCGACUACUUCUUUGUGCCACUCCUGAUGGCAGUAGCCUUGGUAGGCUUAGUUUGGCUGGUGCUCAUGGCAUAUUGUGCUAAAAUUCGGCAUCGUGCUGGCUAUAGAGAGAUCUAGACCCCGAAAAACGAUGCAGGGUGAAGUCUUCCAUUUUCAAACUGACCAGGAGGAAGGAUUGGCGUUAUUUCUCGCACAUGCUUGUUCCUUUAAACAUUGCACAAAACGGCUACUCUACUGACAGAAGGAUGUUGGGGGUUAAUGGUUGUUGAAUCGGUGGCUUAUUAAGAUAAGCUGGAAGAGAUUUCUUCUGCAUUUGGAUGUACACCAACAGAAGCAUAUUCUCUUUCUUAGAAAGGACCUGCUCAAUUUUUUUGGGGGGGGGGAUUUAAAUGUGACCAAUGCUGUAAUCUUAACAUGUUCAUAGCAUCAUUUUGUCAGGCUCCAAAAGGAAAGAAGACUUAUACCAAAGCUUCAAGAAAAGAGAUGCAGGGCGCGUGCUUUUUCUGAAAGACUUUUUAUUCUGUACCGAUGCUUUGCCCCCCCCCUUAUGAAAAAGCGUGUUGUUCCUGAAAGGGGGAGUUUUGCAAAAUGCUGUCGAUGUUGCUUUCUCUCUCUAACUAAAGCGUUUUUGAAGAUGUCCAAAUACU